GGAUUUAUCCUGGGCUCUUUAAAAGGACGCGCCUGAAAAAGCGGCUGUGAAGUUGACAGCUGAUACGCUGUGAGCCAGAGACAAUCAUGAUCCUCCUGACUCCCUCCUCUGAUGAAGAGUCUCUUGAACUCGCCUGGCUUUGGAAUCACAGGAAGUUCAGGGUGAAAAACACUUUAAGGGUUGCUACUGCAACACUGAAACAUAUAUUUAAAACUUUUGCAGGUCAUUUAUCUGUGCAUUCUGUCUUGGACAGUACUAUGACUUGAGAGAAAGUAAUAAACUCACAAGGGAGGAGGCCGACAGAAAUAGAAAACAAAGAUUUCUUUGUUGGACUUCAUUAAAAAACAUCACAGCUUUGUGGGGGCAGAGGCAGGUUUUGGCUGGAGCGAGGCAGUGUCAGCAGUCAUUCCAUCUUGCUGACUGAGAUGCAGCGUUUCUAUCGUUCAUACUGCAAAUUUUGCCUUUAAAAAAGUAAAGAUAUCAAGUUAAGUUGACUGUAAACAAAUGAAACUAUUACAAUUGGCGAUAUAACCCCCAAAAAAUUAAACAAGGGGAGGUUGUAGAUCUAUCUUCAUACCACGCUCGCGGUUAAAGCCCAGGCUGCAGUGGUAUUAAUAGAUUUCAACAGUGAGCUGUGUGAGUGCUGCUGCCAUGCCCUUGUCUCGGGUCACUACGUUCAAUCAGGCUAAUUGAUCUCACGUCUGGUAUGUGUCAAUGCAGUAGGUCCAACUCACUCUCACUAUAGCCAGUGGUGUAUGUGGUAGUUCCCUAAAUGUUCAAAGCUUGUUCCCCACACCAGUAUCUGUGUGUAUUUGUCCCCUUAUGAGAUUACAUCUGAGCGCUAACACUUCACAUGCAUCCUGUUCAGACAUGUAUCCUUGUCAUGUUUUUUUUUUUUUAUGUGUAAAUAUUAUCUACUGAUGCUGAACUUUACUGCAUGCUGUUAUUUUAUUUUGUAACAGUUAAGAUGAUAAUGUUAAUUGCAUAGCUAUGGCUGAUAACGAGGCACUCUGUAAUGUUGCAUGCUGUAGGCUGCGAAUGAACGAAUGUACAGUAACAAAUGCAUUUUAGUGAUCUGAGAGUGGAUGACUGUAUCGUAAAGUCGGUCUCCGUCCAAUAAACAUACGUCUUGGUAAGUGAUGCUUCUUUUACAUUGGACAGGGGAAUCAAUUUUAAAGUUUUGAUUUAAAUGUAGUAAAAGAAAGGAACACACAUAUGCAAACAUAUAGGCCUACUAUCAUAUCCUGCAGUAUGGAUUCCCACUAGAUGGGGUACAAAAUAUUAUUCUGUUAUGACUGUAAAGCAUUAAGAUUACUUCCUUUUUUUUUUUUUACUCUUACUGGGAUAUAGUUAUUAAACUGUUCCCACACAAACAGCUUCAUGAAAAGGGAAUGGUGACAGGAUCAUAGUAGGGAUCUAGCUUUUAGCUUUAGCACAGCAGAGGUUAUCGACCUGACACAGACAACUACUAACUGCUGUUGUCGUGUGGUCUCAGGUCUCUUCCAGUGUACCAACAAGCUCGUUCUGAGUGAUGAAGCCACGGGACUCCAGAUCAAAGAGUUUGCACGUAAAAAUGCAGCUAAUGCUCUGUCAGUCGCCAACAUGGUCAUGGGCAUGGCCUCCAUUCUCAGCGGUCUAAACGGGCACCAUCAUGCUGCAUGUUGGCUGGUUCUGAUUGGCUACCUGCUGGAUUUGGCAGACGGAGCAGUUGCCAGGCGACUCGAUGCCUGCUCUGCACUGGGUGCGAAGCUUGAUGAUUUCGCUGACUUCACAACAUUCGGGAUCGCCACAUCGUUGCUCCUAAGGACAUCUGACCUGCUGGACAACAUCCUGUGCGUGUGUUAUGUCCUGUCCGUGUUUGUCCGCCUCUGUUUCUUCUCAAGCGGGAUUCCUUUCAUGUACCGUGGCCUGCCCUGCAUCUACUCCUCAGCCAUCCUGGCCAGUGCCUCUCUGCUGGCAGGGGGAAACCUGGCAAUGCUGCGGGUCAUUGCAGUGGCCAUGAUCCUCUUUAUGAUCAGCCAGAACUUCUAUCCCCAUGACAGAGUGCUGGAGUCCCAGGCCUGGAAGAAAGUAGUGUAUGCUGGAGGGGUCAUCAUGGUGUUCUGCUCUUCCUUCCCCCCUGCAUGCGUGUACUACCUGCUGUGGUCAGUCUCCUACAUUUUAUUCCCAACAUCCCUUUGGAGCAGUAAAGUGUAAAAUGGGCGCUGGCCGUGCCCCAAAACUCCCACAUAGUUUACCUCUGACCCAUCCGGGUGAACUGAGGCUUCCAGACUGCUGCUGCUCCCUUCUGUCAUGAGGAUCCAAGCUGAACAUGCUCAUGCUCCACAGGCGAACGCUGGCUCUAUUUGACCUUUAUUUUAACGUGACACCUCUGAGACAGAACCCACACUGAAGACAGUUAGAGUGAGGGAGGGGAAGGACAUUUUAAUGUUACUAGUAAUGAUUAACCUUCAUGCCGUUUUAUGUAAUUGUUGCAUUUUUACUGAGGUCGGAUGGCUUGUUCCGCAAACUCAAUUUUCAUCAGGUUUAUCUCCUAUGUAAUCUCCCUACUUCGGUAUUAAUCCAAUCUUUCAUUGAUGUUGUGAGCACGCAGCAGCAGGUGAGAUCAUUUUCUCACAGGAUAAUACGAAAAGAAAUUUCAAAUUAAAUAAUGACAUUGAUCUCUCAUAUAUUUUUGCUUCUAAUUUGGUUUCUACAAUGUUUAAUUUUGUAAUCUCACAGGAGAUCACUUAUUCUGAUGUCCACAGUGUUGAGCAGUAAUUAGUGCUGGAGUGCUACAGAAUUAAGGGAAAGCAUUUAAUCUAUGAAUAUACAACAAGAUUUCCAAUGUCUUUUCUGGUUAAUCUAGAACACAGUAUUGGGCAUUCAUACGGCACUAUGAUCAGUCUUGUGUUAACGACUAAUGUUUGUAUCAGGGUCGGGGUCACUUCACUUUCAUUCAGGUCAGGAUGUUUCUUUCAAAUCCCCUCUCAGAAUAAGAACCAUUCAAACAUGAUGAUGCAGUCAUUCCUAUGAUUAGAGUAGAUGUAUGUUUUCAAUAAGUUCACUUGAAAGUCAACUGACCCUGACUCUGGCUUGUGUGAAUUUAGUUUUUCCAGACUUUUAGCUUUUUGCCAAGUUGUGGCUCUGUCCGAGAAACAAUGCGUUAGAUUUCCAUAUUUCUUCUGCGUCAUUUUAUUCAGUCAUUGUAUGUAUCUGCCUCUGUUUUAAGAGGCAUUGUAGUUUAAAUUCACACUGAAUCACAUCUCGUAGUACUCCUCUGACUACGGCUGAAGCAGUGACAUCAGUGCUGCAGGCGGAGUCAGGAACACGAGUGGACAUUGCAACCUGUAAAUGGCACCGCAGCAGCAGUUUUCUGCCUCGUGAUUCAGUGUGAAUUUGCCCUCAAAGAGCGACAACACACAGGCUGCAAAUCCUGCUUUUCCUGCCACCUAGUGGGGAAGAAAUCACCUCACUGUAAGCUCUGCCUGGUGUUGUAACAUUGCACUACAGUUGAUGUUGGCUGUGCUCACAAAUGCACCGGACCAGUAGUGAUAGAGCUGCGGUGAAACUUUAAAAACCCACAAGGAAGGAGAGUUUAAGUGUGUUGCUAAUUUUUAACUUGGCCAAUAUUCAGUUUGAGGGACAUCAUUUUUUUUGUAGACGGGUCCUUUUUCACUCACAGUUUUAGUUCAGUGAUUUUAAUGAUUUGAACCCUCUCAUAAGCAAUAACUCAUAGUGUUAGCAAUUUAUCUAAAUGAGCCUCCCUGAUAGAGUA